AUGAUGAGAUAAUGAUAUGCACCUUGAAGAAAACACUUUCUCCACAUCAAAGAGAAAAAAAAACCAAGAAUUCCCCUCUCCAUCUCAAUACCUCAUCCCCAUCUGAUUCCUCCGUCUAAACAACAGCAACAGCAGCAGCAUAUGUUAGAGAAAUCCUCUCUCUAGAACCAAAAGACAGUACUAGUAGUAGUAGCAGAUGGAGAAGGGUAGAGAGAGAGUGAGAAGCACAAGCACCACCACCACUAUGAAAGCAGCAGGAAAGAGAAAGAGUAGCACACUGUAGCAGGAGCAGCAGCAGCCAGCAGCAGAUGAUGCAGAGCAGCUUUAGGCAGUAAUCACCACCACCACCUCCUCCUCCUCUCUCUUGUUUCUUUCCAAUUUACCAGUUGUUGUUCCUCACCUCACCUGUUGUUGUUGUUGCUGCUUCUCUCUCUCUUCUCUCUCCCUUUCUCUGCCUUUCCCCACCACCUCUACCACCCACUCCUUCCCCAAUUCCAGCAAGAAUCCAAGACAUCCUCGCCUUGUGCUCUUGGUUCGACAUUCUUGAGGUGUUGAGGGUUGGCUUUCUUGGAUUGGAUUGGUUCUUGGCGGCGUUGCGGGGAUUGCUGUGGGUGGAGGUCGCUUUCAUGGCGCGGUGGCGUCUCUGAGACGACCGUGACCUCCCCUGCUCGCCUUGCCGACCGGGAAAGGCAGAGGGUGGUCGUUCUUGAUGGCCUCCCGCGGCAGGGUCGGCGGCUGCGGAGGCGGAGGCGGUGGACGCAACGGGGACAAGUGGAAGCCCGCGUGGUUGCUCGAGCUCGUCCUCGCGAUUCCGGCCAUGUCCACCAACGACAAGAAACCCUGGAGCGGCGGCGUUCUUGGCCCCCGUCAGAGCUAGCUCGCCCCGGAUUUCUUCUCUGCUAGUGUGGCGCGUUUCUUGGAGGCUUUGGGGCGGCGGCGGCGGCAGUGAGAUGAGCAGGGUCGGAGAGUGCGGCGGCGGCGGCGGCUGCGGGGCACGGCGAGGGAAGGCGGCGCACGCCGGUGCCGGGGCGGUGGCCGGGUUCCUGGGGUGCUUGCUGCUGGUGUGGGCGAUGGGUGGGUGUGGGAGGGGGUGUGGUGGUGGUGGUGGGGAGGGUGUGAGGGACAGGGUGGAGGAGGUGGCGGCGCAGUUCAACCUCAGCAUGAGCAAGCUGCAGGCGCUGGCGUCGCUCCUGUCUUCGCCGGAGCGGGAAUGCAUAUGUAAAUCUGGUACGAUCAAUGAUGAUAAUCCAGCCCACAGCAUGCCUGAUAUGUCAAAUUGUCGUCUUAAGAAUAAACCAUCUGGAGGAAAUCAAAACAGGCUGGACAAUGUGAUUAUUCAAGAUUGUUGCGCAAAUGAAGAUAAUUAUGACAAAAAUAAUCAUGAAAACAAUUUAUUGCAAAAUGCCAUGCAACAAGACAUUGGCUCUCCUACGACAUUGUGGAAUCAGAAUAACGCCUUGAGCUUCAAUCACGGGAUGAUAUUUAGUUUGUCUGCUUCCCUUGGAAUAGUUGUAAUUUUGGUAGUUAUAACUAUUUUCAAAAGAGGGAAGCAAGCAAAUGAACUGUGUCAGCAUGAGAAACUCCUCCAGACACCGAGUGUUAAGAUAAGUCGAAAAUGGUCAAAGAGAGCCCUGCUUCUUGGUGUCUUAGUUGGGCUUUGUAGUUCUGUCUGGAUAUUUUCAAGCAUGCAUGCUGAUGUUGUUGCUAGAAGAAUUGAGAAUCUUGAAAAUAUGUGUGAUGAGAGAGCUAGGAUGCUACAAGAUCAGUUCAAUGUAAGCAUGAACCAUGUGCAUGCAUUGGCUAUUUUAGUCUCAACUUUUCACCAUGGGAAGAAUCCUUCUGCUAUUGAUCAGGUGCUGCACAGCGAAAGGGAGUUGUUUGAGCAAAAGCUUGGAUGGAAGAUUAAGAAAAUGGAGACCGAAGAUCAAUCCCUUGUUCAUGACUACAAUCCUGAAAAGCUUCAGCCUUCACCAGUUCAAGAUGAGUAUGCACCUGUUAUUUUCUCCCAGGAAACUGUAAAGCACAUUAUAUCAGUUGACAUGAUGUCUGGGAAGGAAGAUCGUGAUAAUAUAUUGCGCUCACGGGCAACAGGCAAAGGGGCCCUAACAGCCCCUUUCCCACUUCUUAAAUCUAAUCACCUUGGUGUGGUGCUAACGUUCACUGUGUAUAAGUAUGAUCUUCCUCCAGAUGCAACUCCAGAGGAGCGUAUUGAAGCUACGCUGGGUUAUCUUGGUGCCUCAUUUGAUGUUCCGUCUCUGGUGGAGAGACUCCUGGAGCAACUUGCUAGCAAACAAAAGAUAGUUGUUAGGCUGUAUGACAUCACAAAUCAUACUUAUCCUACUAAAAUGUAUGAUUCGGAUGUUAUUGCAUCUGAUGAUCUGCAUAUUAGUAAUAUUGAUUUCGGGGACCCGACACGCAAACACGUAAUGCAUUGCAGAUUCAAGCAUGCACCUUCACUGCCAUGGUCUGCAAUUAUGAUAUCUUCAGCAGUAGCUAUAAUUGUUUUGCUUGUUGGCUAUAUUAUCUAUGCUACUCUGAAUUCUCUUGAAGAGGCAGAAGAUAAUUAUACGACAAUGAGAGAUUUAAAAGGACGAGCUGAAGCUGCAGAUGUUGCUAAGUCCCAGUUUCUAGCAACUGUUUCACAUGAGAUUAGAACUCCAAUGAAUGGUGUACUAGGUAUGCUACAGAUGCUCAUGGAUACGGAACUUGAUACAACUCAGCGGGAUUUUGUAGUUACAGCUCAAGAAAGUGGAAAGUCAUUGAUAAACUUAAUAAAUGAAGUACUUGAUCUCGCUAAGAUAGAAUCAGGCAAAAUUGAGCUGGAGGCGGUGCGAUUUGAUGUCCGUGAUAUUCUUGACAAUGUGGUAUCUUUGUUUUCUGAAAAAUCAUGGGCUAAGGGCAUAGAGUUGGCUGUACUUGUAUCUGAUCAAGUUCCAGAUGUUCUGAUCGGGGACCCGUGGCGGUUUCGGCAAAUCAUUACAAAUCUUGUAGGGAAUUCUAUGAAGUUUACUGAACAAGGUCAUAUCUUCAUUCGAGUGCAUUUAAUUGAGGAAGUGAAGAGAAAAAUGGAAGCUCUGGAUGACACUUCUCCUGAAAACAUAGAAGUUACAGCGAAUUCCAAAAAUACGAUGCCAUAUAAUACUCUAAGUGGGCUUGAAGUAGCAAAUAAUCGGAAAACCUUGGAGAGUUUCAGGAUGUUCAAAGAUUCGUCAGAUGCAAUAGAUUCAGUGAACUUACUAGUAACUGUCGAAGACACUGGCAUAGGAAUAACUAAGGAUGCUCAAACUCGCAUUUUUACACCUUUCAUGCAAGCGGAUGGUUCCACCUCAAGGACAUAUGGUGGAACUGGAAUUGGUUUGAGUAUUACGAAACGCCUGGUUGAAUUGAUGGGUGGAGAAAUAGGGUUUGUGAGUAAACCAGGAGUUAGUAGUACAUUUUCUUUUACUGCUAUUUUCAAGGAAAAUAGGAAAGAUCCAGGGGAUAUCAAAAGGUAUUGUCCUGAACCUACUCCACCAGAUUUUCAAGGAAUGAGAGCGCUUGUUGUUGACGGAAGAUGUGCUCGUGCUGAGGUUACCAUGUACCAUCUGCGGAGACUUGGAAUACAAUGUGAUCUUGCAGCCACAUCUGAAUCAGCACUUUCUGCUCUAUUGGAAUCCUGCAAUUCAAGUGUAAAAAGCAGUCUAAAUAUGGUGCUUGUUGACAAAGAAGCUUGGGGCGAGGACUCAGGCUUGGCAUUUUUCCGGUGUCUUAUAGAUCUUCGGCUGAAGGGCACACUCAAGUCUUGGCAAACCAUGCCAAAGUUCUUUCUUUUGGCAGGUUCAAUAACUCCUGCUGACUCUGAUUGUUUGAGGUUGGCGGGGUAUUCUAAUAGCAUAAGAAAACCCCUUCGUCUUAGUACUGUUGCUGCUUGUCUUAGUAAAGCACUAGGGGUUGGACUUACAGGCCGACGAAGUAGAGAUAAUUCUUUGGUUCUUCGAAGUGUACUAACAGGAAAAAACAUUUUAGUUGUGGACGACAAUGCUGUUAAUCGCAUAGUUGCAGCUGGUGCUUUGAAGAAAUAUGGAGCUAUAGUUACCUGUGUGGACAGUGGAAAGGAGGCAAUUUCUAGGCUCCAGCCACCUCAUAAAUUUGAUGCUUGUUUUAUGGAUGUUCAGAUGCCUGAGAUGGAUGGGUUUGAAGCUACUAGAUUAGUUCGUUCUGUAGAAAGUAAAAUCAAUGAUACGAUCCAGGCAGGUGAAGUGUCUUCCGAGAUCUAUGGAAAUAAGGCCCAUUGGCAUGUACCUAUAUUAGCCAUGACAGCGGAUGUAAUUCAAGCAACUUUUGAGGGAUGUAUGGAAUGUGGAAUGGAUGGAUAUGUGGCAAAGCCAUUUGAAGAACAGCAACUUUACUCUGCAGUUGCUCAUUUCCUAGAGGCUGAUGCAACAGAUCCAUUGACCUAGGAGAUUUAGUUUGCUAGUGGCCACAGUGAUUCAGGGUUCUCUGAUGCAGCAUCUGCUAAAAACCCAUUUGGAGAUAACAAUAUUGCAAAGCAGAAGAGCUAUGCAGUAAAUCGAGAACAGAAGUUUGAUUGGACUGCUAUUUAUGUUUCAUUUGACAAUUGGAUGAAAUCUAUUUCAACAUCACGCCUUCAGCCAUGUGCUUAAGGGGAAACUUUGACCAUUUUUACCCAGUGGAAAUCAAUGAGGGACAUACAUUGAACUGACAUAGCCUCCUUCAUGCUGUUCCAGUGUAGUGGCUGACAAGAUGACAUCAAUGGCGUUCUUGUUGUACAGCUAAUAUAGAUUAUGAGAAGGCUAAUGCUCCUGUUUAUUCUGUAUUCUUGAGUGUACAUAUGAAAUGGCAAGAAAAUAGUGAGAGUUGGAGGAUUUGUCUGGUGGCUUGAAGAAUGUAAAUAGGAAUGUUCAUAUCCAUCUUUUCUGAGGUCUGGUUAUGUGGGGUGUAAGUUGUACAUAUGUUCUCUUGUAGAAAUGUAAUUGAUUAUUAGAUUACGGCAAUGUUCCAAAAAAAGUAUAUAUAUUAUGCUUCCAAAUCCUUGCUUGUUGAGUGCCCUGUAAUUUUCAUUUCAAAUAGAACAAAAUGCAAAUUGUCCGGAAGAUCCAAAUUGUACACUUCUUUUAUUGAACAUUUGGGAGCAUAUGUUGGCAA